UGGUCCCCGGUCGCUAUGACAACGCGCCUGCGCCAACCUUUCCACUCAGGCGUCUUCCCAGGUCAGCACGCAUGCGCUAUACGCUCCUUCCUCUGUAUUUUCCGCUCCCGAGUCCUCUCCAACACAGUCGCCUCUCAGCCCGGAACCGGAAGUUCCUCUCCCGCUUACCCUGCCGCGCUCCUUGGCACCGGAACCGGAAUCAACUCCGGGCGGCGGCGAAAACGGAGCCAGAUCACAGAGGCAGUCGCGGCGCGAGGAGGUGCAAAGGACGGAGGGACCACCGCCACCAUGAGUCUCUUAAACAAGCCCAAGAGCGAGAUGACCCCUGAGGAACUACAGAAGCGGGAAGAGGAGGAAUUCAACACCGGGCCCCUGUCGGUGCUCACACAGUCAGUGAAGAACAACACUCAGGUUCUUAUCAACUGCCGCAACAACAAGAAGCUGCUGGGCCGAGUGAAGGCCUUUGACAGGCACUGCAACAUGGUCCUGGAGAAUGUAAAGGAAAUGUGGACGGAGGUACCCAAGAGCGGCAAAGGCAAGAAGAAGUCCAAGCCAGUGAACAAAGAUCGUUACAUUUCCAAGAUGUUCCUGAGAGGGGAUUCAGUCAUCGUGGUCCUCAGGAACCCACUCAUUGCUGGCAAGUAGUGCAGCCAGAGACUCCCUCUCCUGCCCAGCACCUGACUCAGCCCAGUGGAGAACUCCAGGCUCCUCAUAGUUUUCCUUUUGUGAAUAAAGCCUUGCUCUUUUUUCUU